CUCGGUCUUUCGAAGUUUUUGAUUUCUGUGAAAUAAAUGCUUCGGUCGAUUCAUUGUCGCACUAAAAUCUGUGCCAUCUUCGCCACUCUCGGUUGCUGCCGUUCUGCUGAAAAUUUAAGUUUCGGUAAUACUCCUGCAUCUGAUGAAGUAGAAGAAACCAACGAUAAAAAAGCAGCUGCGCUACAUGUUCUUCUUCUUCUCUCAGUGUGUAGGUAGAACACAUUCUUCUUUGCGGACUCAAUGAAGUUUUUCAGCGCCAGUGGCCUACCCUCAAUAUCGUUUUCCAUUUUAAUAUGUAAGAACCCUCCUGUUAGUUUUCAUUUUCUGUUGUUGCCUGAUGAGAUUAUUAAGUUUUCGAAGUGGGUUCUGCUUCCGCUUCUGAACAUCACCAAGCACGGCCUCAUAGUCCUCGUCCUUCCUGGAACCGGGUAAAUAAGAAGUUCAGACUGGAUUAUAAGGCCAAAGAGGAGAAGUGUCUUUUGAAAUUAUGGGUCUGAAUAGCGCCCUUGAGGACUCAUGGACGUCCAAGGACAUCAGCGAUCUUCCCCGGAAGGACAAGCUGAAGAUUCUCGCCCAAGUGAUCCGGUCAACCCACGAAAAGGCGGUGGAUUUCCAGCAAGAAAAGCACCGGACGCAGGCUGCCGUGCACACAAAACACGAAUUGAUUAAGAAGGUGCCAGAGGACAGAACUCACACCUGGUUCGUGGUCCAAGCUAAGGGGCAGCCCGUGAUCCAGCUGCAGGGUGGGACGGAAGAACCUGUGUGCUAUUAUUACAACAGUAAAACCAGGACGGCGCAGUGGGAUAAGCCGGAACUGAGCCAGGGACAGAACCAGAACGGGAAAGGAUCAGUGCAAUUUGGUCGACCCAGUAGGCCGGUCAGGUCAAAGUCUUGGCUUGUAAAGUAUGGAUAGCGCUGCAGCCACGCUUGUUCCUCUACUUCUUUACCUAUCUUUUUCCUUUCGUAUAAAGUACACUAUUAAGUAUCACUAUCAUCUAUAUCGUUUUUUCUUUUUUAUACCAGCUUCAGCUUUGCAAUGCGAGAGCUGGAAUGAUCGAAAAAGUUAAAAUCGCUAGCGAGCUUCAUCUGCACGUACGUUGAACAACCUGCAAAUAUAGAUACAUAGAUGAUGAUGAAGUGUUGACCGCCAGCAUGCUGAAAAAGUAAGCAAGGGCAGCAUGCAAAACGCGCUGUCAUCAAGAUCAACUGCGGUACUGUUGAUAAUUGAAUAC